AUGGUUCUGAAUGUUUUUAGGUCCGAAAUGCUUCCAAGAGAUAUCAACAGAUCUUUCUUUGUCCUAAUUCCCAAAGUUAAUGGAGUCUCCGAAUUCAAGCAUCUUCAGCUGACAAACUUAUGUAAUACUACAUAUAAAAUUAUCUCUAAAAUCAUAUCUGACCGAAUUGAACCUCUUCUGGAGAAGCUGGUAUCUCUGAACCAAUCAUCUUUUGUGCCUAGAAGUUGGAUAGAAGAGAACGCUAUCCUAGCAAGUGAAAUAGUGGAUUCUAUGAGUCAAAAGAAAGGAAUUAAAGGAAUAGCUGGGAUUAAAGUGGACAUGCAGAAAGCUUAUGAUAGGGUAGAUUGGAUAGUGCUCACACGAAUCCUUACCCUUUUUGGUUUUUCGGAUAGAUGUGUCAAACUGAUCCUGAAUUGUAUCUCAUCUGCUUCUAUGGAGCUCCCGCUAAAUGGUAGUGUUUUUGGGAAAAUUCCCAUGGAAAGAAGCCUUAAAUAG